AACGAAAGGUUCAGUUAGUCCAGAAACAAGUCGAAAAGCGAUGAAAGUUAUGUCGAUUCCAAAAGCCUCUAGUGCACUAGUACCUUUGACCAUUGAUGCUUGUUCAUUUGUCUUUUGAUUUUUGCAUUUUCGAAUCCGUCGUCGCUGUUGAUGAAUCUUUUACCGAGUAUUUCGAGAGGCUAAAUGAUCUUACUGUUGAUUCUUUAGGGCAAAAGUAGAAAGAAAUACAAAGAUCAUCACCAGUUCGCAGGUCAAAUCAUCACAUUGAUAAAGGGUAAGACUCAAUUCUAUGUGAUGUGUUUCAGUUACGAUCAUUUAUCAGCUUCUUCGUUUUCAGCCAAUUCCAUGACAUUCACGACCAAUUGGGUGUCCAAGGUUGAUUUCUUAUCUUCAAACACUUUAAUAUAAAUCACGAGUAGUUCACUUGUAAAUUAACUCAUAUAAAUUACACUGUUCUCACAAUUAAAUACGAUAGUUGAUUGAUCACAUUAACUGUUCAUCUAGUGGUGAAUCCUUGAAGAGAGUACCAACCAUUAUCCAAAUGAACCAAAAAAUUUAUUACGAUUUUAUUACGAUUUCGAAUAGAUCGAAAAAGUAAUCGUGGCUCUUUGGUUAGUCCAAUAGUGCUAUAUGAAAUGAUUUAUCUGAAUAUCUGUCUAUUAAUGUAUAGAAGUUUGAUUCAAUUGAUCAACAGGAAUUAAUCUCAUUAAGUAUAUUGUGAUUUGUUGAUCUGAUAAAAUAAAAGAAAACUCAACCGAAAGAAAAAGAAAGUGCUCUUCAAAUUAAGUUAUCAAUUGUUAUUAACUGUUAAUCAGUGUGAUUUAAUUAUGGUUCUUGAACAUUAUUGUGGUUAUGAUGCUUGGGACUUACAAUCAAUUUGGCAUUCAGAAGCGCUUAGUAUUCCACCUUGUUUGAUUGAUACUAGUUUACUAUGGACAAUCUCGGGUUUCCUUUGGACACUAUUUCCGUUCGCGGUUCAAUCAGUUUUAAACUCAUCUCGAAGUAAAAGGAAAAAGUUACCAUGGACUUUUCUCCUUACGGCCAAAUUAAUCAUUGGAUUAUGUCUAAUCGUGCUGGUUGGAAUUCAGUUUAUCAUCAUCAUAAUCGAUUUUAAACAUGGUACAAACAUUCACCCUGUCGAUUAUUAUUCACCGUUAAUCAAAUUGAUGACCUACACUUUGGCAGUAGGUUUGUCUCUUUGGUAUCGAUUCAAUGGUGUUCAUACGUCGGCAUUAUUAUUCAUUUACUGGUUUUUUAUGUUCAUCUAUGAAUCAAUCAACUAUUUAUCUCUAAUCCAAACUUCGAAAGAUCCAAAUUAUUAUGAGUGGUCAUUCAGUUUAUCCGAUAAAAUCGCCAAGACUUUUCAUCUUGUUGGAUCAAUUUGUAUGCUGUUAUUACAGUGUUUUCCAGAUUCGAGGAUUCCAAGUUCACUGAUUAAAGAAAACGAAUGUCCAUAUGAAAGAGCUUCGUUUAUCAGUAGAAUACUCUUCUUUUGGUUCGAUUCAAUGGCAUUAAAAGGUUUCCGUAAAUCGCUUGACCAAUCUGAUAUGUGGAAACUGGCGGAAGACAAUCAAUCGAUCACAAUCAGGAAACGUUUCGACAAUUAUAUACGUUCAUCAUCUUCUCCAUCGAAUCAUAUUAAUCUUCUUGGUGUAUUAAUUAGAAAUUUUUGGCUUCCAUUACUUUUAAGUGCCAUUUGUAAGCUAAUUUCAAGUUUACUUGUGUUCGCAAGUCCCCAGCUAAUGGAUCAACUCUUGACCUUCAUCAUUUCCAAUCAACCAAAUUGGAGAGGUUACAUUAUUGCUCUGAGUAUUUUCACUGCUUCAAUUGCUUCGACAAUAUUUGAGUCCCAAUAUGAAUUCUGGACCAAUAUCACUGCAAUGAGAAUCAGAUCAGCGUUAAUCACAGCAAUUUAUCGAAAGAGCUUACGAUUAUCAAGUUUAGGUCGCCGAGACUUCACCACCGGUGAGAUUGUCAAUCUAAUGUCGGUCGACACUCAGCGUAUCAUUGAAUAUGUCAACGUAUUCAAUUACGCUUGGACAGCACCGAUUCAAUUUGCUUUAACCAUUUACCUUUUAUGGCGUCAAUUGGGUGUAUCAUCCAUCGCUGGACUAGUUUUAAUGGCGGUUGUAAUGCCUUUGAAUGGAUUUGUAUUCACUCAAUAUCAAAAACUUCAAACUCGCCUUAUGAAAGAGAAAGACUCACGUUCCAAAUUACUUUCUGAUAUUCUCAACGGAAUGAAAGUUCUUAAACUUUAUGCAUGGGAAUCGGCUUUUGGUGAUAUUGUCUCUUCGAUAAGAAAAAACGAAAUCAAGGCUCUGAAGUCUCAAGCCCUUUGGGCAGCUUGGUUUAUAUUUACCUUUACAUGUGCACCAUUCUUUAUAACGGCUACGAACUUUGUGACUUAUGUCUUGAUAGACAGAAAACAUGUUCUUGAUGCAAACAAAGCAUUCGUAUCGAUUUCACUGAUCAGUAUUCUUGGCGGACCUUUGGGCUUUUUACCGAUUGUUAUUUCUCAUGGUACAAGUUUUUACGUUUCCAUCAAAAGAAUCAACAAAUACCUUGAUGGAGAUGAGCUCGUGAACGAUUCAAUUGACCAUAAACCUGAUUCAAUUACACCGAUAGUAGUUCGAGAUGCAACUUUUUCCUGGUCUCCUGAAGAAGAAGCGACAUUGAAAGAUAUCAACAUAAAAGUAGAAAAACAAAAGUUGGUCGCUGUUGUUGGAACUGUUGGUUCUGGUAAAUCGUCUCUUUUAUCUGCACUUUUAGGAGAUUUACACAAGAAACAGGGUUAUGUUAAUGUGUACGGAAAAGUGGCCUAUGUGCCUCAAAGUGCGUGGAUUUUAAAUGCUACAGUUCGGGAGAAUAUAUUAUUUGGCUCGAGUUUUAACCAAAGUAAAUAUGAUAAUGUAAUCGAUUCAUGUGCUCUCACUCCCGAUUUAAAGAUGCUAACUGGAGGCGAUGCCACUGAAAUUGGUGAGAAGGGAAUCAAUUUAUCGGGUGGACAAAAGCAAAGAAUAAGCCUUGCAAGAGCUGUUUAUGCAAAUUCCGACAUUUACUUUUUCGAUGAUCCUUUAUCAGCGGUUGAUUCUCAUGUAGCCAAACAUUUAUUUGAAAAAGUCAUUGGUCCUCAAGGCUUAUUGAAGGGUAAAACUCGACUUUUAGUGACACACAGAAUAACAUUUUUACCACAGGCUGAUCAAAUAAUCGUUAUAAAAGAUGGUCAAGUCAGAGAGUCGGGCACUUUUGCUGAGCUGAUGGGAAGACAGGGCGAAUUCAAUGAUUUCAUCUGUCAUUAUUUAGCUGAACAGAAAGAUGAUUUAGAUCCGGAAGAUCGAGAGUUUAUCCAAGUACUGGAUCCUGAAGUCGAGAAAAAAGUUCUAAGCCGAUCUGAGUCUACAGUGUCUAAUGGUAAAAUUUCCGAGAUACGGAAACGUUCAAGUAUUAUAACUGAUGAAACGAAUAAGAAACGAUCAGGAAAGAAAAAAAAUUCCGAGAACAUAGAGUCCAGGUUCAAACUUGUCGAAACAGAAACGGCUGAAAAAGGUUCAGUUGAAUGGAAAGUUUAUUUGGAAUAUUUCACCGCCAUUGGUAUUGUCCCGUGUGUUUUUUUAUUGGCACUUUACUGCCUUGGAAGUGGAUUAAAUUUAAGGUCAAGCUUUUGGCUAACCGAUUGGUCAGAUGAUUCUCUUGACCCAACAACGUAUAAUAAUACGGGACUUAGAAACAAACGACUCUGGGUUUACACAACUUUGGGAAUCUCUGAAUCUCUAAUUGUUUUCAUAAUUUCGGCCACAAUAAAUGUUGCCACAGUGAACGGAGCCCGUUUGAUACACGAAAAAAUGCUGGCAAGACUUGUUCGUGCACCGAUGUCGUUUUUUGAUACAACACCUAUUGGUAGGAUUCUGAAUCGUUUUACUGCCGACAUGAACACUGCCGAUACUCUGAUGGGUUUCUCAUUCAGUUUUCUCAUCUCUCAAAUUUUCCGAGCAAUCGUCGCCGUUAUCAUUAUCUGUUUACAAACAUCAUAUUUAAUUAUUGUUAUAUUGGUAGUUGGAAUUGUCUAUGUUAUGGUUCAGAAAUUUUAUAUCGCUAGUUCACGACAACUGAGGCGAAUUGAAUCAAUUACAAGGUCACCCAUUUAUUCACAUUUCUCUGAAACAGUAGCCGGUUCAACUUCGAUCAAAACUUAUGGGGCAGUUGAUCGGUUUACCAAUAGAAUCUAUCAUCUGGUUGACACAAAUCAUGCUUCGUAUUUUGCAAACCUUACUGCUGAUCGUUGGCUAGCAAUUCGUCUUGAAUUUCUGGGCAAUAUGAUUGUAACACUGGCGACAGUUUUUGCUGUGUUGACUAAGGGAGACGUGAGUCCUGGU